AUGACUUGCGAGGCCUGUAAUACCAUUGCGCCGGUUAUGGCUGUAGGCUACGAGCCGAAGGGAGAUUGGGUCGAGGUUGCUGCAUUGAAGACUUAUAUCGCCGGUGAUAAGUCUACCGCUACGAAGGCUAUUGUCGAGGUCUAUGAUAUAUUCGGUCCUUCGAAUCAGACUCUGCAAGGUGCUGACCUGUUGGCCGCCGCGCUCAAUGCCAUCGUUCUAGUGCCAGACCUUCUCAAGGGCGAGUACGCGCAAUAUACUUGGUUUGCCAAUCCUACGCCCGAAAACACGGCUUUGAAAAAUGCUUUCAUGGGUAAGGUGAUGAUGGCCUUUGGGCCGUACGUCGAGCUGUUAGCUUCAGUAGUGAUAGAUGCAAAAGCAAAGUUCGACGGUAUUUCUAGCUGGGGAGGCCUGGGGUUAUGUUGGGGUGGGAAGGUCACUGUGCUAUUAUCUGGGCCAGAGUCAGUAUAUAAUACCAGCGCACAGGUUCAUCCAGGAGCUUUGGCAAAGGCAGAUGCGGAGAAGAUAUCCAUCCCACAUAUCCUUCUAGCUAGCAACGGAGAGGAUCCAGAAGUAGUGAAGGAGUAUAAAGCCAUUCUAGAAGGAGAGGGGAAGCCUGGUGUUGUAGAAACAUAUCCUACAAUGCAUCACGGAUGGAUGGGCACUAGAGCAAACUUGAACAAUCCAGAGAAUCUGAGGGAAUAUGAGAGGGGCUAUAAUCAAGUGGCCGCAUACUUUUCGAAGUAUCUAUGA